CCCAGCUCCGAGCUCGGCCCGGCUGGAUGCGGCGGUGCGAGCGGCGGGUCCCCGCGGCGGCUGCAGGAGGAGGAGGACCUGCAGGCGCUGCACGAGCCCCGGCUGCAGGCGCUGCACGAGCCCCGGCUGCAGGCGCUGCAGCAGCAAGAGCACCAGCUGCAGGAGCUGCAACAGGAGGAGGAGGAGGAUCCCCCCGGGGCCCGAAGCGGCCGGGAGCUCGGCCCCCGCCGCCCCGCGCAAGGCUUCCAUGCGCCUCCGCGCCCGGGGAGCUCUCCAGGAGCCGGAGUCCGCCCGCAGUACCCUCUCCCCCGGCCCCCGGCGACCCCGCAGCAUGAGCCAGGCGGAGCUGUCCACCUGCUCGGCCCCGCAGAGCCAGCGCAUCUUCCAGGAGGCGGUGCGCAAGGGCAACACCAAGGAGCUGCAGUCGCUGCUGCAGAACAUGACGAACUGCGAGUUCAACGUCAACUCGUUCGGGCCCGAGGGCCAGACGGCGCUGCACCAGUCCGUCAUCGACGGCAACCUGGAGCUCGUCAAGCUGCUUGUCAAGUUCGGCGCCGACAUCCGCCUGGCCAACCGCGACGGCUGGAGCGCGCUGCACAUCGCCGCCUUCGGCGGCCACCAGGACAUCGUGCUGUACCUCAUCACCAAGGCCAAGUACUCGGCCAGCGGCCGGUGAUGGCCGGACCCCCGCCUGGGGGGAAGGGGCGGCCGCGGCCCCGUCGCCCCUCCGGGCUGAUGCAGGAGGACCGGCAGGAGGAGGCGGCCGCGCUGCCCGGCCAGCGGGACCGGCUGCGCGCGCAGCU